GAGAGCGAGAGAGAAUGAGAGCGAGUGCGAAUUGGUUUAAUGCUGUAACACACACGCAUUACGGUUCCUAGUCCCCCCCCAAAAGGAAGCAAAAAUCCAUCACCCUUCUACCGCCCAGACCCAAAAUGCUUGGUCACGAAAGCAUUCGCCUAGGUGCUCGAGGGGUUGGUGAAGUUUGCCGAUAAAAAACAGAGAGAAGAGAUCAUCAUCUUCCUUUCUUGCAUUUGUUGUUACAUACACAUUCGUUCGUUUCCAUUCAUUGGUUUACAUGUAACUAUAAAAACGAUAUUUAUGCGACGAGAUUUCAUCAGGACGUGGUAAAGGCAUCCACUCAGUUUCCGCUUUCGUUCAUAGGGGUUUUUCUAUAUAUUUAUUUCAACACUGACAACAACAAAAAAGCAUACACACACGUACGCAUACUGCAUAGUCAUUCGUGUAACAUAGGAGUUGUUUUUUAAACGGACAAUAUUCACAAUUCUUGGCAAAAAGAAAUGUCAUUUUCGGCUGUAACGGUUGUUUUUUUUUUGUUUUAUUUUACUCAGUAAUAAUUUUAAUUAUUCGCUGGUGAAAGGAAGCGAUAUUUUUUGGAGAAGACUAUAUCGACAAGAGCUUCUAUCAAACAAGCGCGGAGUUAGGGCAAGUUGUUGAGAUACGAUCAACGCAACCAGCAGAAAGCGAUCAUUAAUGUUAAAGUGAAGGCGUAAUGCGAAUUCCAGUAAAUAUUAGUAGGAAGGAAUGACAACAACCGUGAACACAAAUAGUGAAAUCUAUGUAUAAGGUUUGCCAAGUAAUUUAAAUAACGAACCCCGAACCCAUUUAAAUAUAUUGUUAAACGUUGAACUUCAUAACAAAAACAGACAGACAGACAAAGCAUCGCGUCGGUAUGAAGUGAAGAUAAGUACGUAGACUAUAUAUAUGUGUGUGUUUGUUACACAACUUCAAUCAAAUGGAAAUUACACGUGCCAGUAUGUAUAGAGCAAAACUUUGCAAAACAAAUACAAAUCUACUCAGCCGUUCGAUGGGACUACAAGAGCUAUAGCUGUAGCUAGUGAAGUGAUUGUCUUUUAUUUCGCGACCCUAAAGUACGUUACCUCGAGCAAGGAAGCAGUAAAGUAGCAGUUCUGUACCGUGCUUACAAUAUUGAGACGCGCCAAGAGCAAUUUUGUGUUUUUGAAGUCCGCACCAGCAGCGUAAAUUCGAUGGUUGUUAGCGGAGUGUGCGGAUAGUUGUUGUUGGAAUGAAUAUCAGAUUGCCGAGAACUUGUUUGUGGGUGUGUGUGUGUGUGUGUUUGAGUGAAUGUUUUACCAAGCCAAAGGUGGAGCUGUAAUGUAAGUAGCAGCUGUAAAACAAAAAUGACGGUAGCUGGCUUCGAAACUAACCGGUAGUACAACAUCAGACACUGUGUUCCCCGUGCUCGUGCUGGGUAGUUCAAGAUGUUUUAAAGCAACUAGCGACUAGCAACGGCGAUUCGUGAUUCAACGUACUACUAUUACCACUAAUAAUAACAUUAAUCGUACUAUACUACUAAAACUACUAAACGCAUGAAAGGAAAUAAAUUAUAAUCGUACAAAGCAUUAACAGCAUCACACAGACAGCUUACUAGUUACCGAUAUAUCAUUCAUAGUAGCAUUUAUUGAUUAGAAUGUUAACCUUAUUAUAGUAUAUCUUCUAACGCGAUUAUACUAAGUGAAGUAAAUGUACAGAUUUCAUUGUUAGAUCAGAAAGAGAAGAAUGGAAUUGGAAUGCGAUUCAUUUUCGUCCGAAAUUUUGCGAAGCGCGUCCGACGGACGAAGACAUAGUUUUCAUUUCUAUUUUGUGACCUUUAUUUUUAUCAAAGGAAGUGCAUGAUCGUUGCACGAACCGCUCAGAUCGUAGUAGCUGAAGUAGUAGUGUUCCCUAGCAACAGUGGCCAUGGCUCUGCCAACUAGAUUUCGGAGGCGAAGAAAUCUAAAAUCAUACACGGGUGUAUUAGGGAAUCUGUUUAUCUCUUUUAUCUCUAAAAAAGUGUACCCUAAUGAUAACAAAAGCACAGCUGAUGAAAGCUCAAAGAAGUAUAUCGGUAGGUAGCUCCUGAUCGUCAGGAAUGUGUUCUUGGAUCAGAUCGUCGACAACGGCCCCAUUCUCAGCGGGAUUCAUCGGCGCUGGACCGUUGCUGUUUGCUGGACUUCCGAAAUGAAUCGUUUCUUCCCUGUAAAAGUCAAGAUUUUGUAAGAUUUGAACAAUCGAAGGUACGCCUUCCCGCCCAUUUCUUACCCAUUUUGAGGAGCAGCUAGAACAAGUGAAAGGAGUGUCGAUAGAAUACCAACGACUGCCACAAACUUUCGGUUGAACAUGUUGACGAUUGCUCACUCAGUGUUCAACGAUUCCGCGCGAAUAUUGUGCUGCGUUUAGUUUCUCGUCCGCUGCUUAUAUAUUGCAAAUGUCUCAUAAAAAAUCAUUCCAAAAGAACAAUGUAAAAGCGGAAAAAAUAGUAACCUCAAACUUGGUGGCAAAUUGGAUGAUUGUACACUUGGGCACAGUGGAUUGUUUGUUCGGAUACGGUGACUACACAGGCGUUAUUGAAUUCAACAACCAAUUCUAUCAGAUUUAGAGCACUAGUUCGGUUGGCUGGGAAGAAUAUUCAUGCAAAAAUAAAAACUCGUGAUACAAUCUAGUUUGUGUAUGUCCAUCAGAGUGCGCACUGCCAUUCCUCUCUUUAUAUGUUUCGUUUUGAAUUUCUUCGCAUUAUGUUACAGUCUUCUUAACAUUAGAUACUCGCUAUUCAUCUAAGCCGUUACACAAUCCUUUGGAAGAGUGUAUUAAUUUCUUCCCCUCGGAAGCCGGCCUCGCCACCGAUCGAACGCAGUUUACCCUUUGUCGAGCUCUUCUUCCAUCCACCGACCGGAUCCUUCAGUAGGAACGUGCGCAGCCUUUCGCGGAUGGCAUCAAAGUGUGGUCCAACUUUCAUGAUUUCGUGCAGCAGAUCUUCCACGCACAGCAUGCCCAGGGAACCGAACAAAUCUUCCACCUGUUUGUUGGACGUCAGCGGUACGGGUUUCUUCGAUUCUUCGCCCGUUUGCAGGCAGCGCAGCCGGACGUACUUGUACAGCAGCGCCUGGACGACGGUUAUGUUUGGAUAGCCCCAGAUGACGAACGGUUCCACCACCUUCAGCUGUGCGAUUAGCUCGUGCGUCAGGCGAUGCAGUGUGGCGGACCGUUGCACCGGCAGGCCGAGUCGAACCAGCGUCUUCAGCACCUCCUUGUUGGCGAUGACCUUACUGCCACGGUGACGGUACACCAGCACCAGCUGAUUUUCCUUGUACAUCACCUCCUUCUUCGGCAGCACGCCUUUCUUCAGGAAGUUGCGCUUGAUGCGCUUUGCAUCGCGUUCCGAGAUCCGAGAGUGGGCCACGAACGUGUUUACCUUACGGAACGAGGUACGCUUCUUCUUGGCCGGUGGGUUAGCUUCCGCACGUUUGGCCAACUGCUUCAGGCGUCCCUUGCGGUGAGUCAAUACGCUGACCUCUUCCGAGGGGAGUUUAUUCGGGAUGGCGUACUGUUCCAUGAUUUCUGUGCGAAUUUCAGACGAAAACAAUUGGGCGGCUUGGUUUCCACGUGGUUUCACUCGCCUCGCGCACCACCAAUAACAAAAGAUCAGUCAAACAAAUGUUCCGACACCUUGGGAGCCAAAUCUUCCGACAGUGACAGGUCGGCGAGUUUUCAACUCCACGUCGUAAACGCUCUUCCGACAGCAAGAACAAAUUUGACAUCGCAAUACAAACCAAAACACAAAGUGAUAAGCAGUGCGAAAAGAUCAAAUUUCACACGCUAUUCCGGUCGAAAAAGAGAGUUUUGCUUGCGAAUCUUCAUGUUAGUCACCAUUUAACACGUCCCCCAUGGUCUACUGGCCAGCCUAUCGAAAGAUCCAAGUACGAGUUAGUUGGUUCGUCGAUGCCAUAAAACAUCAGCAGGAGAAGGAAAGGGCACAAAGGGGAGCUUGCUUCAGGGACGAUCGUGCGGAUUCGCGACGUAAUUGGGUUUUAAGUUUGUUUGGUUUGAUUUACGAAAGCAGUCACGAGUGAAUCGUAACUUGAUUACACCCAAAACAUGAGUUACCAGGAUGAGGAAGAACAGGUGGGAUCGUUUCCGAAGGAUUUUGGGUACGGAGACUUUGAGCACGAAAGUGACGGGAAUCGGACGUCAGACGAUAAGCCUCGCAUUCUGUUGAUGGGGCUACGGCGUUCCGGCAAGAGCUCCAUCCAGAAGGUGGUCUUUCACAAGAUGUCCCCGAACGAAACACUCUUUCUAGAGUCGACGAACAAAAUCGUAAAGGACGACAUCAACAACAACAGCUUCGUGCAGUUUCAGAUCUGGGACUUUCCGGGGCAGAUCGAUUUUUUCGAUCCGACGUUCGAUUCGGACAUGAUAUUUGGGGGCUGUGGGGCACUAGUGUUCGUGAUAGAUGCUCAGGACGAUUACGUCGAGGCACUAACGAAGCUAAACCAGACCGUCACCAAGGCACACAAGGUCAAUCCGCGCAUCAAGUUCGAGGUGUUUAUCCACAAGGUGGACGGUGUGAGCGACGACUUUAAGAUGGAAUCCCAGCGGGACAUACACUCGCGGGCGACGGACGAUCUGAUCGAUGCGGGGCUGGAAGGCGUUCAUCUAAACUUUCACCUGACGUCCAUCUACGAUCACUCGAUAUUUGAGGCGUUUUCGAAGGUGGUCCAGAAGUUGAUACCUCAGCUAGCGGCACUCGAGAAUCUGCUCAACCUGUUCAUUCACAACUCCGGCAUCGAAAAGGCGUUCCUGUUUGAUGUGGUGUCGAAGAUCUACAUCGCUACCGAUGCGACACCGGUGGACAUGCAAAGCUACGAGCUGUGCUGCGACAUGAUCGAUGUGGUUAUUGAUCUUUCCUGCAUCUAUGGCUCCCGGGACAAUCCGGACGUGCCCGCGUUCGACAACCAGAGCUCGAGCAUUAUCAAAAUGAACAACAGCACGGUACUGUACCUCCGGGAGGUGAACAAAUUCCUAGCCUUGGUGUGCAUUAUUCGGGAGGAAAGCUUCUCCCGGCAGGGUGUGAUCGAUUACAACUUUCUCUGCUUCCGCGAAGCCAUUACGCAAGUGUUUGAGCUUCGCUUUAAGCACCAAAAGCUCGAAGCCAUCGAACAAGACUCGGACAAUUUGGAGGACCUAAGAGAUUUCGAACGGGGCGAUGUUAUAUCGUCCAUGAAACGGUUCCAGGACUAGCUCCACCACCAAUGACACCUUUGUUUUCGGCACGGAGCAACCUGUCUACAAUCAACUUCGUGCGUAAAGUGGGUUAAAAAUCUUUCAGGGAAAUGUGCAAAGUAACCGUCGGAAGGGAUGUGGAUUUCCGUCAGCAGAUUUUGUUUUGAAAUGUUGGGUUUUACAGUUAUCCUUUUGUUGUGAAAAUGUUUAUGUAUGAUAUGCGCGAGUAAAGGAAAAUCUAUUCUAUACAGUAUAAUGAACCGAUUAAGCGAUGUGUACAGUUACCUUUUUGCUGUUCUUCAGGUGUCCCAGAAUCCGUAGUUCCGCCGUAGUUCCAGUAUGCAAUCAUUUUCCCACAGAAUUUUCUCGUGUCUUUAACCCACAGAACAAAGGCACACACGCAUUCUUUUAUUUGUGUAUUUCUUUGUUAUAUUAAAUUUUCUCCUUAAUUGUUUCUUUUCUCUUCGCACUCUUACAAUCAAUCGUAAAUCUUAACGUGCCAGUGCGUAGCGCCCUAGCACCGAAAUCAUCAUACUUAUUAUUCCAAUAAUAGUCACUUAGUCUAAUGCGGGCCAAUGAGAGAAAACAUGAUUACAUGGUAAUAGGACAAUAAUUAAAGGAAUGGGAGCAAACAAACCAACAACGAACGAUUAAAUGAAUGAAUGAAGUACACUAUAUCAGGGAACGGGCACAACGCAUAAUGCUCUAUGACACUAGCCGUUGCCGAUUUUGAGCGUCUUUACGGUAGGAGUCCUUAAUGGUGAGAGCUCAGUGGAAAGUGUUUAAUACGUAUCACCGAUCCCUAGAGACCUGGCGUAGCGUGGUUUCAUUUGCCGAAUAAUGAUUGUCCCAGAAGUCCCUUAUACGGGUGGUUGUUGUUGUGGCUGGAUGGCUCUAUCUUUUCCACUCAAACGGUAUGUGUUCAAUUCGAUGGUUCUGCGUGCACAUCAGCAGACGCAGCAGGAAAAGCGUUUCUUUUAUAAAAAGAACCGUUCACUCGUCCACGUUUGCAGAGGGGAUAUGGUCGUAAGUGAAACCUCGAGUCGAGCACGAGAUCAACGUUUGAUAAGGCAAAUCAGAGGCGGCCUGUACAGUACAGUGUGUGGUAGGACUGGGCUGGGAACUCUGAACUAAACUCAGCAAAAAAGCCACAAAAAAGCAUGUUGAUAAAAGCAACACAUGGCAGCGAAACAUUCGUUACAAUUGAGACAGUCAAACGCCAGCUCGUCCUCCCUCUCCACUAACCAUUCGUUUUGCUGCCGUACACUCACACACACACAACAAUAAUGAUGGCUUUUGGUUUGUUCUUGGUUUGUUAUGUUUUGGCGAGAUUUGUUUGUAACUUUUUGAAAUGCUCACUCAUCAUAUCCCUGAGACCGGGCGUUUCGAUGCUUGAAAAGUUCAACAACGACGUGUCCAAAAAUGCGCUGUUUUGUUAACUUCCAUUUUCUACCGACAAA